CAUCAGUCGCGCAUCCAGUGGCUGCGCCUGACAGCAGACGGAGCGCCCUGCAGAGUCCUCGGCUUUGAAGUCGUUUCAGCAAGCGCCCUCACUCAGAAGGAAAACCGCCUGGAAGAUGCACGCGACCAGCUGCGCAGAGUCGCCGCCGCGCCGCGUGGGAUUUUGGACGGGCGCGCGCUGAUAGCAGGCUUCACGAUGGCGCAGCUUACCUGUGCAGCGGCGCCCCGCUGUUGCAUCCAGAAGGCGUUGGAUAGCCUGGAGACAAGGCGGAGGGCGGCAUUCAAUAGCAAAGGAUGGAGCGGGGUGGCGAGUGGCCCCAUCGACACUCUCGUGCGCCAGCGCAGGACAUUUUCCAUCCUGCAGGACGGCAUAACCUUCGUGAACCAGUGCGACGGCGAGGCCAUCUUGGAGUUAGACAUGAGCAACAACGCGGUGGGGCGCCAGCUCAGAGCGGCAUGGCGCGCCAAGCAGCGGGCCGUGCACAUUGGAAUUCGAGACGGGAGGUUCUGCAAGCACAGCAAGGGCCAGCGCCCUUGGCCCUGCAGCAUUGCGACGGGUGACUUCAUCACCGUGCUGACAG